AUGACUGAAACAGACACCUUCAAUCUCUCCACCUAUCCAGUGUGUGUUGACGUGGAUGUGUCCGAUCCCAUCACCAUCCUCACGCGUUACGUAGUUCCUGUCCUCUUUGGCAUCGUCGAUAUCAUCGGCUUCUCCGGUAACCUCCUUGUCAUUAUUGUGAUAACAGGCUACGCGACAAUGCGAAACAGUACAAACAUUCUCAUUGUCUCCUUGGCUAUGGCUGACCUCUCGUUUAUUAUCUUCUGUGUUCCCUUUACGGCUAUGGUCUAUGUGACAGGCAAUUGGCCCCUACCCGAGAUGCUGUGCAAACUCUACCUCUUCACCACUUACUUCUCUGUCUACUGCAGUGUAUAUACCCUCGUUUUGAUGUGUUUAGAUCGGUUUUUAGCUGUGGUCUUUCCCCUCCAAAGUAGGGUAUGGCGUACAACCAGAAACACAGUGAUUACCGUCAUCAUCAUGUGGAUUUUUAUAACUGGUGCAACACUACCCAUUUCCAUCGACUCGAGAAUUAUCUACGCCAUUGACAUGGACAAUGUGACAAGUUGUCAACGCCCGAUAUGUCACAAUGGUUGGAUAUUUGAGAUAACACCUGAGGGCAUUGUCACCGGAAUGAAUCAGUACCACAGUCGGAUAUUUUAUGGCCUCUUCUUUGUUCUGGGAUAUGCAUUUCCUUUGACCAUGAUCUGCAUCUUCUACAGCAUUCUCCUUCGUGAACUCCUUUGUGGACGUGUGUCCAAGAUGUCCAAGUCUGUGGAAGCGCAUCGAGGCAAGCGUAAAGCCACCAAAUUGGUGAUUGUAGUGGUCAUUGUAUUUGCUGCCUGUUGGUUGCCCAUUCAAGUGGUGUUUAUGAUACAGAACUUUUACAGAGACAUUCCAACCGUCUCGUUUCGAUUCUUCCACAUUCUUGGUAAUAUUCUCUCCUAUGGGAACAGUUGUGUCAAUCCCAUUCUCUACGCCUUCUUCAGUGAGACGUUUCGAAUGGGAUUUGCCUCUCUCAUAUGUUUGGACAAGUCAAAAAUGCGUAGUGUACGUCUGGAGAGCAAUGUGGGCCAAACGGAGUUACUGAUGAACGAACAACUUACCGCCAGAAAGUCAGCCCCCACCCUGCCGGAUGACGGUGCUUUGGUGAUCGCAGCAAGCAAUGAUGGACGCACAAAGAGGGGACCUCCGAAGGAGGUCUCCUUUGUGGAGAGUGUGUGUGUGCAUCCUCUGACCCAGUACAGCACAGAACUUGGCAAUAACAAUUUGAUCGACUAA